UCUUGGCUGUGUGAUGAUGCUCGGCGGCCGAGUCACCACUAGGGCGCAAAGACCAAGAGUGCGGCGGCGCGGGGAGCGGCGGGGACUGAGUCCAGGGCCAACAGAGUCCGGGAGGUGCGCUUAUCUCUCUUUGCCUUCUAACAGCGCUCGAGUGUCCCGUCCCAAGGGACGUCCCCGUGUUGCGGUCUAGCUCCACCUCGCUGCCCCUUCCUUCGGCUCUCCCCAGCUGGCGAACCGUGCUGAAAACCCGGGGGUGCUGCGCCCCGCACUGGGUAACCGAGAACACAGUCCCGACCACGGUCCCACCUGUGCCUAGCCUAGCAGGAAGACUGUAACCGUGGGACUCGACCUGCCCACUUGAGCAAUAUGAAGAUUUCAUUCAUAGAGCCCGCCAUUCUCCUGAACGCGUUUGCUAUGACUCUGACCACCCCGCUGACAGCGCAGUACGUGUACCGGAGGAUCUGGGAGGAAACCGGUAACUACACCUUUGCUUCCAAUAGCAAUGGCUCUGAGUGUGACCAAAACAAAAGCAGCCCCAUCUUUGCAUUCCGGGAGGAAGUUCAGAAAAAGGCAUCUCUCUUCAACCUGCAGGUGGAAAUGAGUGCCUUAAUUCCUGGUCUGGUGUCUACCUUCAUGCUUUUAGCGAGCAGCGACAACCACGGACGGAAACUUCCCAUGGUCCUGUCAUCUCUUGGCUCUCUGGGUACCAACACUUGGCUGUGCGUGAUGUCCUACUUUGACCUUCCUCUCCAGCUUCUGAUAGCAUCCACCUUUAUUGGCGCCCUCUUUGGGAAUUACACCACGUUCUGGGGAGCUUGCUUCGCCUACAUUGUGGAUCAGCAGAAAGAAUACAAGCAUAGAAUCAUCCGGAUAGCCAUCCUGGAUUUCAUGCUUGGAGUCGUUACUGGGCUAACAGGCCUGUCAUCUGGCUAUUUUAUCCAAGAACUGGGUUUUGUGUGGUCCUAUUUCAUUACUGCUGUAGUUCUUAUAGUCAACCUGACCUACAUUUUAUUUUUCCUCAAUGAUCCCAUAAAGGAGUCUUCAUCUCAGAUUGUGACUAUGUCAUGUAUUGAAAGCCUCAAGGACCUAUUUUACCGGACUUACAUGCUUUUUAAAAAUGGUUCCAGUAAGCGGCAGGCUUUGCUUUGUCUGCUGAUUUUUACCCUCGUCAUUUAUUUCUUUGUGAUAAUCGGAAUCACCCCAAUUUUUACACUUUAUGAGCUGGGCCCUCCGCUCUGCUGGAAUGAGGUUUACAUAGGCUAUGGGUCAGCCCUGGGCAGUGUCUCCUUCUUAAGUAGUUUCCUAGGCAUCUGGCUAUUUUCUUAUUGUUUGAAGGAUAUUCACAUUGCCUAUAUUGGCAUUUUUACCACCAUGGUGGGGAUGACACUGUCUGCUUUCACCAGGACCACUCUAAUGAUGUUUUUAGUCAGGAUCCCGUUCAUUUUCACCAUCAUGCCACUUUCCAUCCUGAGGUCCAUGCUGUCAAAGGUGGUCCACUCGACUGAGCAAGGCGCUUUGUUUGCUUGUAUAGCUUUCUUAGAGACGCUGGCUGGAGUCACUUCGACCUCUGCGUAUAGUGGGAUUUACUCAGCCACUGUUGCCUGGUACCCUGGCUUCAUCUUCCUGCUGUCCGCUGGCCUCCUGGUCCUCCCAGCCAUCAGUCUAUGCUGCGUCAAGAGCAUUGGCUGGGAAGAGGGAAGCUAUACACUCCUCAUCCACGAAGAACCCAGUGAGCACACAUCAGACUAGUGACAGUCGGCAGCAAUGCACACGUCCCUAUGCAGUGAGCACACAUCAGACUAACGACAGUUAGCAGCAAUGCACACGUCCCUAUGCAGUGAGCACACAUCAGACUAAUGACAGUCUCAGCAAUGCAUACGUCCCUCUGCGCAACUCCUGAAGAAUAUAAACUCCACAAUCAGCAUUUCAUCAGCAAUCCACGGGACAAAACCCUGUCUCCGAACCCAAGUGAGUCGGAAAGCACCCAGCUCUGCUGCUUCUUGGGAUCACCCUGCAGCACACUGUGUUCUACAGAGAACAGGCCCAGCAUCUACUAUGCUCACUUCUCCAUGGACCAGAGAAACUCCGUGAAGAGCCAAGGAAGGCUUGUGAACCUUGCUAAAACUUAAAUAACUUCACUGGCAUGCUCCCAUGUGAUUAAGGAGUUCUGACCUCAGUCUCUCCGUCUGCACAAUGGGCUUGCUGGCCUCUCAGGGAUUUUGAAGACAUAAUGAGGAAUUUUUAUUCAGGAUAAUCACUGUUGAAAUAAUGUUUCAGGCAUUUCUAGUUCUUCCCAUACUUGACUGAUGUUUUAAGAGCCUGUCAAGGCUCUACUAAUGGAAUGAAAAGUCCUUGAACAGAAGUAUCUUUUAAAAUAUGUAGUUUUCAUUUUCCCUAGUAUUUUAUUCACUGACAAGCCUGACGAUGUUUUUAUGUGUAAUGAAGGGAGUGGGUAGAAAAUCAGAUUAUAAAUACAAUUGUCUUAAACUUUAAACUGAGCUGACAGCUCAGUGUGGUAUAAAGGCACACCUUAUAUAGCCUGUUCUCACCCUGUGGCAUGGCAGAAGGCUGUCACAGUCCACACACCCUGGCUGGGCUUCCGCCCCUGAUCUUUCUUCCCUCCCCCUUCUCAGGCUCCACACUGUUCUGAGAAGGAUGUUUCUAAAACACAGAUCUUAUCUUUUCCAGCAACUGUUGCUUAUAGAGGAAUAAUCGGACAAGCAUGUGACCCCACCCCACAUCACACACCCCCAUACCCAUAUCUAGAUCCAUCCUUGUCCCCCCAAACACCACCUCCUCUCCUUUUUACACUUUUGACUCAUUCCCUUCUUUCGUGUUUUUGUAAAACUGUCUCAGCCAAAAAUCCCUGCUUUCCCUGUGUGCCCAGGGUUCUUGACAUGUAGCCCGUCCGCCCCCCAAGUCUCGGCAGGGCUUCCAAACCCUUUGUAUAAACAAGAAUUCCACCUAGCAUUCUCCAAUGUAUUUUUAAAGAGAUUUUUAAGUGUGUGCCUGCCCUGUCUCGUAAACCAAGUGUGCUCUGCAGGAGCUCCACAGAGGGUCUUGUACACCAUUUGCACGCAGUGCUCAUGGAGGCCAGAAGAGGGUGCUACACUUCCUGGAACUAGAAUUCCAGAUGGUCGUGAACCGCCACAUGGGGAUGGGAGCUGGACCCAGGUCCUCUGCAAGAGGAGCCAGUGCUCUAACCACUGAGCAAUCUCUCCAGCCCAAGACCAUAUUUAUUUCUUUCCUGGUAGAUCUCCUUGAGGACAGGGACAGUCUCUGCUCAUUGCAUGCUUGGUAAAUGUUUGCAGAACUAAA